AUGCUGAACUCCACUCCGAUCUAUCAACACCAGAUAUGGACAACAAUGUCCGAACUCGCAGGCCGACAAGCGUUAGACGAACUGAUCCUCACGCAACUCCUGGAUCAGCACGCACAGCGAGCCGGAUGGGUCGUGGACGAGGAUAACAUUCAAACAGAACUCGACGCGUUGAUUGCAACGCUGAAUCAAUCCACGCCGAGUGAAUCCUCCGCGCGACUGAUCGAGUCCGUUCGUGAGCGUCGCGGCCUAGGUCCAGCCCGUUUCAACGCCUUGCUUCGGAGAAACGCCAUCCUUCGACGCAUGAUCGUCAAGAGCCCGGAAAUCCCAGCCCUAGUCGAGCAAGAAACCCAAGCCGCGAUUGAGCGCUCAACUGAAUCAGUUUCAGAUGCACGAAUAAUCCAGCUACGCAAACGCGCGAUGCUCGUCGCCCAGCAAACGCUGAUGGAACGCAAAGCGCGAGAACUCGUGUCCAACGCCGAAGUGUUCAUCAUGGAUCGCUCCAUCAACUGGUUUGGUCAUCUCGCGGGCUGGGCAACGCUUUACAGCAUCGGAGUCACACUGGUAUUGGCUGCCAUACUAGAUCGGGAGGUUGAUCCGUGGAGCUUGGCGUAUGUCACUCUGUGUGCGCACGCUGGAUAUCUUCUAGAUCGCGUUAAGUUUCGCGAUCAGGAUCUGGAUCCUGCGGAUCUGAUGGCGGAACCUGAACGGCAUAGCUAUCUCCGCCGACAAGCGUGGUGGAUCCGUUGGCUCAUGAUCAUGGAGUGGGUCGCAGCGAUCGCUGUCGGAGCCAUGAUUUCUCCACUAUUGGCUGGCUUGGUAAUUGUGGGUGUCGCGGCAGGGAUUGGAUACGCGGGUUGGAAGCCUGGAAAGAUUUCGCGGCUUAAGGACCUCGCGGGACUCAAAGCGUUGCUGGUCAGUGGCGCGGUGACUGGGCUCGCGACAUUCACUGUCAAUCGCGGAGAGCUGGUUGUACUCGUGGAGUCGCCGAGCAUGCUUUGGGCGAUAUCAGGGAUUGGGCUCAUUGUGUUUGGGGAUGCGGUGCUCUGUGAUUUAGACGAUGAGUCGAGCGAUGAUGCAUUCCGGAUUGAUCUUGUGUUUGGCCCAACAUCGGCGGGAUUGGAUCGAUGGGCUGGGGUGACUGAGGGGGCUGUGUACAAACACUUUGGGAACAAAGAUGAUUUGAUCCGCGAGGCGUAUACGGCGAUCGUGGAAGAAAUGGCGCGGGACAAGCAGGUGCUGCUGAAAGCGGAUCUCCCUUUCAGGCAUGCAUUGAAGGCUUGGGUGAAGUUGACCUUUGAGUACUUUGAUGGGAAUCGCGAUGCGUUCACUUAUGUGCUCUUGAUGCCUCAUCAGAUGGCCGGGAAACUCGGUGACAUCUACAACAAACAGGGGGAUGUGUUCCGGUUGUUUCUGGAACAAGCGCAAGAACGCGGUGAAGCGAAAGGCAUCGACCUUGGAUUGGCAUAUGCGUUGUUCACUGGCGUCGUGCUCAAUAUACCACGGUUAAUCAACGAGGGGGUUCUGGAAGGGCCCGCUCUGAAGUAUGGCGACGAGAUCGCUGAGGUCGUGAUCGGUUUGCUUGCUGUUUAA